CCAACAAACGCGAGAUUCAGACUCCCGUAAUACGCGAACGCGAAACUUCCUUUUGGAUCAGAAGAUCAGCGGAGAUACAUGGCGCACGGGCAGGAGUCUUCGACGGAGGCCGCCGCCGGUGGUGGCCCGCCGCUGUGCCCCAACGGCUGCGGGUUCUACGGGAGCGCGGCGACCAAGGGCAUGUGCUCAAAGUGCUACCGCGACCACCUCAAGGCCGGAGAUGUGGCUGCCCCCGCCGUCGAGGGGAAGAUCAAUGCCGACGACCUCGUCCUCGCCUUCAAGACGUCGGUGAGCCUGCAGGACUCUACCGCUGCCGCUGCUACUGUGGCGGCACCGGCGGCCGAUGCGCCGGCGAAGAAGGCGGCGCCAACCAGGUGCAUGGCGUGCAAGAAGAAGGUGGGGCUGCUGGGGUUCGCGUGCCGCUGCGGUGGCACCUUCUGCUCGCUGCACCGCUACGUGGACGGGCACGCAUGCGGCUUUGACUUCAAGAAGGUCGGCCGUGAGCACAUCGCGCAGCAGAACCCUCUCGUCGCGCCGUCCAAGCUCCACAACAAGAUAUGAAGGCAGGAGGAGUUGAUAAAGAUCUGUACAGUUUUAGUUUACUCAUUGGCUUUAAUUACUGUCCCUCCACUCUCGUACUUAAUUAGAUCUUUCAGGCACUAGCUCGAUAAGUUGAAGAAGGUCAAUCUUAUCUUUGUGUUGUUCAUAGCGACGUAUUCGUACAAAUUGAUGUAACUGGGCACCAUCAUGUUACUCAGAUUAAUAAUAUCCAUGUUUAAAAAAAG